GCGGGCCGGUGCCGCGGGGGGCGGGCGCUGCCCGCGCUGAGCGCAGCCGGCGGGCGAUGCGCUUCCUCCGCUGAGCGCAGCGCGGCCGAGCCCGAGCCGGCAGGAUGACGGUGGAGUUCGAGGAGUGCAUCAAGGACUCGCCCCGGUUCCGGGCAACCAUCGAUGAGGUGGAAACGGAUGUGGUGGAGAUCGAGGCCAAGCUCGACAAGCUGGUGAAGCUGUGCAGUGGCAUGCUGGAGGCUGGCAAGGUUUACAUCACCACCAACAAACAUUUUGUCAGCGGCGUGAGGGACCUGUCCCAGCAGUGCAGGAAGGACCAGAUGAUCUCGGAGUGCCUGGAUAAAUUUGGGGACAGCCUACAGGAAAUGAUCAAUUACCACAUGAUCCUGUUUGACCAGGCCCAGAGGUCGGUCCGGCAGCAGCUGCACAAUUUUGUCAAAGAUGACGUGAGGAAGUUCAAGGAGACCAAGAAGCAGUUUGACAAGGUGCGGGAGGACAUGGAGAUCUCUCUGGUGAAGAACGCGCAGGCGCCGCGGCACAAACCGCACGAGGUGGAGGAGGCCACGGGCACGCUGAGCAUCACCAGGAAAUGCUUCAGGCACCUGGCCCUGGACUACGUGCUGCAGAUCAACGUGCUGCAGGCCAAGAAGAAAUUUGAGAUCCUGGACGCGAUGUUGUCCUUCAUGCACGCGCAGUUCACCUUCUUCCAGCAGGGUUACAGCCUCCUGCACGAGCUCGACCCCUACAUGAAGAAAUUGGCCACCGAGCUGGACCAGCUGGUGAUCGACUCAGCCGUGGAGAAGAGGGAGAUGGAGCACAAGCACGCCCUGAUCCAGCAGAGGACCCUCCUGCAGGAUUUCUCCUACGAUGACUCCAAGGUGGAAUUCAACGUGGAUGCCCCCAACGGGGUGGUGAUGGAGGGGUACCUCUUCAAGAGAGCCAGCAACGCCUUCAAAACCUGGAACAGGAGGUGGUUUUCCAUCCAGAACAGCCAGCUGGUCUACCAGAAGAAGCUAAAGGAUGUGCUGACCGUGGUGGUGGAGGACCUGAGGCUCUGCACGGUCAAACCCUGCGAGGACAUCGAGAGGAGGUUCUGCUUCGAGGUCGUGUCCCCCACCAAGAGCUGCAUGCUGCAGGCUGACUCGGAGAAGCUGCGCCAGGCCUGGAUCCAGGCUGUGCAAGCCAGCAUCGCCUCCGCCUACCGCGAGAGCCCCGACUGCUUCUACAUCGAGAGGCUGGACAGAACAGCCUCCCCCUCCACCAGCAGCAUUGACUCAGCCACGGAUUCGCGGGAGCGGGGCGGGAAGGGAGAGCCGAUCCUGCAGAGGGUGCAGAGCAUCCCUGGGAACGAGCAGUGCUGUGACUGUGGGCAGCCAGAUCCCCGCUGGGCCAGCAUCAACCUGGGCAUCCUGCUCUGCAUCGAGUGCUCCGGCAUCCACAGGAGCCUGGGUGUUCACUGCUCCAAGGUCCGAUCCCUCACGCUGGAUUCCUGGGAGCCAGAGCUGCUGAAACUGAUGUGUGAGCUGGGCAACAGCACCAUGAACCAGAUUUACGAGGCGCAGUGUGAGGAGCUGGGGCUGAAGAAACCAACAGCAGGGAGCUCCAGGCAGGACAAGGAGGCCUGGAUCAAGGUGAAGUACGUGGAGAAGAAGUUCCUGAAGAAGCUGCCGGGCGGGGAGACGCUGGCUGAGGCUGAGGCCGAGCCCAAGCGGCGCCGCUGGUGCGUCAAGAAGUGCCAGAGGCACAGCAGCGGCUCCCGGGCGCCCGCGGCGCGCAGGAGAUACCGGCAGGAACCGGGGAGCGCCUGCCCCGCCAUGCUGGCCUCAGCAGCCACCCUGGAGAGGAAAUUCCGCCGGGAUUCUCUGUUCUGCCCCGACGAGCUCGACUCCCUCUUCUCCUACUUCGACACCGGCGCCGGCUCCGGCCCUCGCAGUCUGAGCAGUGACAGUGGCCUGGGCGGGAGCACCGACGGCAGCGGCGACGCGCUCGUGUUCGGCUCCGUGGUGGACAGCGUCACCGAGGAAGAGUGCGAGGUGUCGGAUGACUCCAGCGGGGAGGCGGAGCUGGAGCAGGAGGUGUCGGACCUGGAGGAGGUUCGGGAGGUGCCGGCGGGGCUGGUUCUGUCCCGGGCCGCCCGGAGCCGGAACCUGCCCCUGCUGGCCGCUGCCCUGGCCCACGGAGCCGAUGUCAACUGGGCCAACGAGGAGGACGAGGGCAAAACCCCCCUGAUGCAGGCUGUCAGCGGGGGCUCCCUGCUGGCCUGUGAGUUCCUGCUGCAGAACGGGGCCGAUGUGAACCAGCGGGACGCGCGGGGCCGGGCGCCGCUGCACCACGCCACCUACCUGGGGCACACCGGGCAGGUGUGCCUGUUCCUGAAGCGUGGGGCCACCCAGGACACCCCGGACGGGGACGGGCAGGACCCGCUGAGCAUCGCGGUGAGCGCGGCCAACGCCGACAUCGUCACCCUGCUGCGGCUGGCGCGCAUGAAUGAGGAGAUGCGGGAGGCAGAGGGGCCCCUGGGGCAGCCCGGGCAGUACCCCAGCAACAGCCCCACGGAGCUGCAGUACAGGAAAUGCAUCCAGGAGUUCAUCAGCCUCAACAUCGACGAGUGUUAGGGACAGCCCGGUGCCCUCGGCCGGCCCGGAGCCGGGCGGGGUCCGCGCGAGCCCCACCCUUGGAUAUUCGGUGUUUUCCCUGCUGGUUGGUCUGGUUGUGAUGCCUGCACACCCCGAGGGUUGAGCUGCCCUCAGGGGGAUUUUCCUUGUGGGGUUUGAGUUCUCAUGCUUGACUACUGGAUGGCUGAUUUUUAUUUUUUUAAUUUUUUUUUGGAGGGUGUUUUUGGAGUAGGAGCCUACCCAGGGUAUGACCAUGGAGUGUGUGGGAAGUGUGGGACAUGAGCUUAGAGGUUAAAAAACAACAAAAAAACAACAAAAAAAGGAAAAAAAUUUCAAAAAGAGAAGAAAAGGAAAAACUUUCUGUGACCAGGGGAGAGCCACCAACACCAGGAGCAGACACAGCUCUCCCUGAAGAACUGGCUUGGAAUUCUGGCAGGGAUGGUGGCUGGAGCCUGCUCUGCCCUGGGAGGGCCCCGAGGUGCCCUCCAGGCUGGAUUUGGGGCAGGGAUGCUCCGGAGGCCCAGCCGGAUCAGGAUCAGGAUUGGGAUCUGGAUCAGGAUUCAGGAUCUCCAGCUCCUCACCCGUUGCUGCUCUCAGGACUGAACCGGCCACGCUCCCCUCGACUGCUGCCCUGGCUGCUGGGCUGCCCAAAGCCAUAGCUGCCCUGCUUCCACCCCUGCAAUUCCCGGAAGGAUUCCCAUCCUGUGGCAUUCCUGGAAGGAUUCCCAUCCCGUUGGAAUACCCAGAAGGGUUCCAGCCCCACUGGAAUUCCUGGAAGCAGCAGCACUGAUCCCUGUCGCUGGCGAUGGGCUUGGGGCAGGGAGGGGAACAAGCUCCAGCUGCUCGGUGCAAUUUCACAGAAUCCCAGAUCCCAUUGUCCCAG